CUCAGGAUUCAGUGUAGGAAUCAUGCAUCUCCCUCAGGGUUUGGCCUAUGCACUUCUAGCAGGGCUGCCUCCUGUCUUCGGCUUAUAUUCUGCCUUCUAUCCCGUCCUGCUGUAUUUCUUCUUUGGGACCUCCAGGCACAUCUCUGUGGGUGAGCAGGGGAUUCUGGGAGAAGAGGCCUUCUGGGAUCUGCAUAUGAGAUCAGUUUUUAUUACAAGUUUUAGACUACAAUAAAAGCAAAGCAGAGAGGGAAAAUAGAAAAGGGAAAGCGUAAAAAGAAAAGGAGUAAGAAGAAGAAGACUGAAGAGAAGAGGAAAAUAUAGGAAAAUACAAAACCCUCUAUCAAGGUUAUAGCUUUACUCUUCCUCCACACCAAGGGAGGUAAGCCAUCCCAACAUCUCAACUGGGGGCUUCCCCUCUUCCCCAGCCUCCUAACUUGGGAGAUCCUCUCUGCCCUGCCUCUCAUCUUCCAUCCAUCACAGAACAUAAUUAUAGAUAAGAGUUAACAAAAAAGAACAGAGUUUAAAAAUCAUAGAGAAAAAAGAUUUUUUAAAAAGGGAUAAGAAUAGAAUUUUUUUUAAAGGAAAUAAUGACUUCAGAUUUUCCACUUGGCGGUUUUGUAUAUGCAUCUUCACAUUAAUUUAAGUUGGUUUAAUUGCCUCUUGCUCUGCUUCACAAGACUCAUUUGAUAUCUUCAACCAGGUAACUGGUGAGGUAUAAGGGGACAAACCCUCUUUGUUCAAAAAGAGUUUUCUCGGUAGUGGCGUCCGCCCUGUGGAAUGCCCUCCCAUCAGAUGUCAAGGAAAUAAACAACUAUUUGACUUUUAGAAGACAUCUGAAGGCAGCCCUGUGCAGGGAAGUUUUUAAAGUUUGAUGUUUUAUCGCUUUGUUGUUGUUGUUGUUGUUGUUGUUGUUGUUGUUGUUGUUGUUGUUGUUGUAUUAUCAUUAUCAUUGUCAUCAUCAAAAUACCCUUAAAGGCAGGAAGCUGGAAUCUUCUUCCUCUGGCUCUAAAUUGUGAUCCUUUGGCACCCAAUGCAAAUCCUGCCAUCUUGGUGAUGUGGGUGGAUAAGCAAAGCCAACUGAGCUUGUGACAAAAGAGGACUGAAUUUUUGUGGGGAUGCAAGGUUGGACAGGUAGCUGAUCUCUUGGCCCAAGCCUCUGUCUCCCCCUCACAGGUCCAUUUGCUAUAAUCUCUGUGAUGAUCGGGAGUGUGACAGAUUCACUGGAACCAAGCGGAAAGUACAUGGAGGCGGUUAAUGGUUCGAAUGUCACCAUUGUCAAUGAGACUCUGAGGGACGCUGCCAGAGUGGAACUGGUGGCUGCACUCGCCUUCUUGGUCGGCAUAUUUCAGAUUGCCCUUGGUUUGCUUCAGUUUGGGUUUGUGGCCACCUACCUUUCUGAGCCCUUGGUGCGGGGCUACACCACAGCGGCCUCUAUCCAAGUGCUGAUCUCCCAGCUGAAGUACGUCUUUGGGGUGACUGUGAUGGAGUAUUCAGGGCCAUUGUCAAUGGUCUAUACCUUUUUAGAAGUUUGCUCAAAAUUGCCAAAUACCAACGUGGGCACCUUGGUCACUUCUGUGAUCGCCAUGGUUUCGAUCCUGCUUGUGAAGCUGCUCAAUGACAAAAUUGGCAAGAGGCUUCUGAUCCCAAUCCCCAUCGAGCUUCUCACGAUUAUUAUAUCCACAGUGAUCUCCUACUUUGCCAACCUGAACGAAAAGUUUGAGAUUAGCAUCGUGGGUGUAAUCCCCAGCGGGAUGAGACCCCCUGUGGCCCCCAAAACAGACUAUUUUGAGAAGGUGGUAGGAAAUGCUUUUGCCAUCGCGAUGGUUAGCUACGUCAUCGCCAUCUCGCUCGGCAAGAUCUUUGCUCUCAAGCAUGGCUACAAAGUGGACAGCAACCAGGAGCUGAUAGCCUUGGGGCUCAGUAACUUCAUGGGCAGUUUUUUCCAAUGUUACAGCAUCAGCUGCUCCAUGUCCCGCUCCCUUGUGCAGGAGAGCACUGGAGGCAACAGCCAGGUGGCUGCCCUGGUCUCCUGUCUCAUCCUCCUAGUGACCAUCUUGAAGAUUGGGGCACUUUUUGAACAGCUGCCCAAGGCCAUUUUAGCUUCCAUCAUCAUUGUCAACCUGAAGGGAAUGUUCAAGCAGUUUAGAGAUAUCCGUAUGCUUUGGAAAUCCAACGUUAUUGACCUGCUGAUCUGGAUUGUAACUUUUAUAGCUACUAUUGUGUUGAAUCUUGACAUGGGACUGGGGGUUGCUGUGGCCUUUUCACUUCUCACCGUAAUCUUCCGGACCCAGAUGCCCCAUUAUUCCAUUUUAGGACAAGUGCCCACAACUGAUGUUUACAGAGAUGUAGCUGAAUAUCAAAAGGCUGAGGAGAUCCCAGGCAUGAAGAUUUUCCGCUCCUCUGCUACGGUCUAUUUUGCUAAUGCUGACCUUUAUGUAGAAGCCCUAAAGAAGAAGUGUGGCUUUGAUGUGGACCAUCUUGUUGAAAAGAAGAAAAAAGCCCUAAAGAAGAAGCAGAAAAAAGACAAGGAGGAAGCCAAGAAGGCAAAGAAAAUGGCUUCUCAGUUCAAACCGGUGUGUGACUCUGGGAGCAACAACCUGGGGUUUGUGGAUAUAGAUAUGGAGGCAAGGCCACAGGAACUGGGAGAUGACUUGGCCCCCCAAAACCAGAGCCAGCCACUACCUUCUGGCAACCCCACUUUGCAUUCCCUGGGACUGAAGAAGCCUCCUCUUCACUCGCUUAUCCUGGACCUCAGCCCUGUCAACUUUGUGGACACCGUCGGCAUAAAGACCUUUAAAAACAUAUUUAAAGAUUUCCAAGAGAUUGAAGUGGACGUGUUUCUCGUCGGUUGCCAUGCUUCCAUCAUUACCCAGCUGGAAAGAGGGAAUUUCUUCAGCCAGACCAUCACCAAGCAGCACCUUUUCGCAUCUGUACAUGACGCUGUUACCUAUGUUACCAGGAACCGGGGAGAGAGCUUGCCACAAACUGUCACAGACAACAACGCCACUAAAAUGUAACCAGUGGAAUCAUCUGCUCCUCCACUUCUCACAGAGGAGCCAGCACCUUUUCAGAUGACUGUAUGAAUUGCCUUUUUCAAAAUAGUUAUGUGGAAUUCUCCACCAUUGGGUGGAGAGAGAGAGAGAGAGAGAGAGAGAGAGAGAGAGAGAGAGAGAGAGAGAGAGAGAGAGAGAGAGAGAGAGAGAGAGACUGACUGGGACCUUCAAGAAACGGAGACUCGGUUGAGGGCCUUCCUGCCCACCUACUUCAAGACUCCACAAUUCCUGCCAAGGGCAGGGGAGAGACCCCUUUCAGACAUUAGAAGUGCCUCACUUGUCGCUAUGACUGCUUUUGGAUUUUUCCACUGAAUCCUGCCAAUUAAUUUGGUGAAGCACAGGGUCACCUGCAGUAUUCUCUACCUGUGUCGAAGGCCCUAUCAAGCUGGAGAGGCAGAACACUAACAUAUUCCCUCUGCGGGACUUGAGUCCCUCCUUACUCCUCCUCUCCUGGAUUGCAAUUUUAAAACCACGUCCGUGGCAUCUCCAGUUACAAGGAUCAUGUAAUCAGUGAUAAAAAGGACCUGUUGGAGAGCCGCCAUCAUCCAGACCAGAAAAGGUGGGUCUACUCUAGACAGACUCUGUAUAAAGCAGCUUCAUAUCUUUGAACUUGCCCCAUUUCAAUAGACCCUAACUACAGCUUGCUGAGACAACGUACAGGAGGCAAGGUCAAGAGGAAUAUUACUGCUUCUGGAAAAUUAGAUUUGUAUGGAAACAAUAAAUGAAUGGAAGACUGACCUAAGAGAGAUUUCAUGUGAAAGAACCCACUGGAAUGGGUGGGGUGUGCUGGUGCCCAGCUCUUAAUUUGUUUUCGAUAUGCAGAAUCUUAUAUGCCAAAUGUCCUUGUCCAUUUUGUAUGAGGUAUACAUUUAGCAGAGUGCGACAAACAACUGAUGUAAUUGCAGAAAAUAUUUCGGACAUACAUUUUUGUUCUGCCUGAGUGCCGACUGGACAAUGGGAAUGUUCACACCCAUUGCUACACCCACUUUUGCUUCUUGCCAUACCCACAAUUUGCAAGUGGCCCCAAGCAGGUUGCCAACAAGGGAAUGUGGACCUCAGGCUAAAAAGGGCUCCAUGCCGCUGCUAUGCAGAAGAGAGCCUGAUUUAGUUCAAUAUGACUUCCUCCCAUGCAAGUAGCUAUAUGGGAUUGCAGGUAAACAAUGUAAGUGUACUUUUAAUGUUUCAGUGUCUGCAGAGUUGCUAAUGGAGAAAUAAUAAUAAUCUCUAUACAUUCUGGCAAGCGACCUUUGGAUUUCGGCCUCAAAGCUGCCAGAAGAUAACUUCUUUUCAGAUACUGUAAAUGCUAGAGGUCAGGGAUGAUAAAUUGCUAUAAAUCUAAUCCUGGGUUUUAUUCAACCUUGUCCCUGCUUUGUUUUUACUAGCUCCCCCCAUCUUAAACAAGCCUUACAUUGUUUUAAUUUGGAUGAUUGAUGUGCUCCUUUGAGAACCCCCCACCUCUAUUUAAGUCCCCUCCAGUGACUCAGAAUUUUGCCCAAAUCCCAAAGACGCAAAUGACAUUACAUUUGACUGCUGAGACAAAAUAAAUUGAAUACGACCUAAAUAAUACAUAAAAGGCUUUCAUAAUUAAUUCACCAGGAAUUUUUGGCUUCGGUGCCCAAUUGAGUGGUUGUGCUGGGGGUGGGAAGGCAAAAAUAUAAUUUAUUUAUUUAGAAGAUUUCUAACCUGCUCUUUAUUUUUUUUAAAAAAUUAUCUCAAAGUAGGGCACAAAUAACUGACAAAGCACAUAAUGCAAAAUAAUAUAACAUUUUAAAACAUUGACAGCAGCAAAACACAUUGAUGCAGCAGAGAUAUGAGAAGGUUGCUUGAGAGGAAAUGUGGCCCUCAGCAGUGGUGGACUUUGGGAUCUGAAAUUUCAGCGGUGCCCUUUGCUACGCUAAAAUUCACACACACCCCACCUCUCGAGCUCUGUUCUACAGUAUUCUUGUGGCAUCCCCUGCAGUGUGGCGCCCAGUACCACCACACUGGUUGUGCUACCCUAAAACUGCCUCUGCCCUCAGGCUGAAAAAGGUUCCUCGCCCCUGGCUCAGCCACGGUGUUCCGCAAUAACCAAAACUUCCAAACCAAGCUCAAAAGCAGCCCCACUUAGAGCACAUUGCAGCAAUGCAAACACAAGGUUACCAGCACAUGAAACACUGUGGGCAAGCUACCCCUGCCAAUGAUUAGUUGUAGCUGAUCACCCUUUGGGCACUGUGACUGCACUAAGCUCUGUCUCAGGCAGCAAAAUGUCUCAGGCCUGCCCAGGCAAGUCUAUUGUGUGUGCACAUGCACUACAAACUGGUUCUUACAGCAAGGGCCAUUGUCUGAGUCCUCCAUCCCAUACCCCGCAAAUGUCCCAGAAAAACCAGGACAUCCUGGUGUUUUUUUCUCGUGAGAGAAUGCCUGACAUUUUGGAAGCAGCGGUCUUGGGCAAUUUCUCACCAUGAUAUUUCCUGGGGCAGUGAUCUCGCUCAGCACCCAAAUCGUGUGGUUUAAGGCACCGUGCCUAAGAAAAGUGCUUUUUUCAGGGAGAAAUCAGGGUGUGAAAAUGUGUGAGAUCAUGACGUCCAUGAAGAUUGUGUCUCAGGAUUUUGCUGUUGAGGUGUUGGAAGGUAUGCUAAUAUCCCACUUUGCACAUUGGCAGUAGCAGCACUGAUGAUGGGGAAGAAAGGUAAAAGGUGAAGGACCCCUGCACGGUUAAGCAGUCAAAGGCGAUUAUGGGGUUAUGGGGCUCAUCUUGCUUUCAGGCCGAGGAAGCCGGCGUUUGUCCACAGACAGCUUUCUGGGUCAUGUGGCCAGCAUGACUAAACCGCUUCUGGCGCAACGCCACACCCUGACAGAAACCAGAGCGCACCGUUUACCUUCCCACCACAGCGGUACCCAUGCACUGGCAUGCUUACAAACUGCUAGGUUGGCAGGAGCUGGGACAGAGCAACGGGAGCUUACUCCGCCAUGGGGAUUUGAACCACU